AUGGGUUUAGAACAAAUAGAGCAACUCGUGCAGGGUACUGGAAGUCCACUGCAAAAAGAUAGGAAAGUUUCCUGCCAAAGCAGACCCAUUGGCAUGAAGAAGACUUUGGUGUACUAUAGAGGCAGAGCUCCUCAAGGAAUCAGAACUGAUUGGGUAAUGCAUGAGUAUCGCCUUGAUGACAAAGAGUGUGAAGACACCACUGGAUUACAGAACAUGGCACACCGAACUAGCGACCAAAGUCAAACACCUCAGGCUGAUGUGUUUUCUCAAGUUGUCGACCGAAUGUUCAAUGCGAUGGAACGACAACAUGUCGCUGAAGCGCCAAGGAAUCAUUCUGGUUUAAAUGACUUCUUGAGACAUGAUUCCCCGAAAUUCAAUGGAAAGGCCACUCCAGACAAAGCUGAAUAG